GUUCGAAGCGUUUCAUUAUGAAUGUUUUUCGCAUUUCAGAAAGGGGUUCCUCUUUUGUGUUUAUACUGUUUUUAUGGAGCCCAUUCACACACAGGUCAAGAUCUUCGUUUUUUUUUUUCUUUCUUUUUGGUUGAAGCGGUCAAGGUCUUCGCUGAUGUAAUCAUGGGGUAAUAAAGAAACAUUAGCAGUGAUUGCGAGGAAAUUUCAAAGAAAGACCAAGAGGAACGAUACUAUGUAUUAUAGUAUUAGUCAAAUCAUUGCUGAUCAGAGUGUGAGAGAGAGAGAGAAUGGAUAGUGAUCUAAAACGUUUCUUUGUGGUAUUGAUUCUGUUGCGAAUCUCCGAACACGCAGCUGCUUCUACUUUCCCUCUUGCACUUCCAAAUUGCAAAGACCAUUGCGGAGAUGUUAGUGUUCUUUACCCUUUUGGGAUAGGCCAAGGUUGUUACAAGGACAAAUGGUUCGAGAUCGUCUGCAUCAACUCAUCAGAACAAAUCUCUGUACCUUUCCUGCUUAGCAUCAGACGGGAGGUUAUUUCGUUUGACCUUGGAAGCUAUUACUCCAUCGAUGACCGUUCUCAUUAUCAGAGCAACAAGAUUCACAUUCUGGGUCCAUUGAAACAUACAGGUUGUUCCAACGGAUCAGUAGGAGAUUCAUCGUCUUUGAAUCUGAAGGGGAGUCCAUUCUUCAUAUCAGACAAUAAUAAGUUCACAGCUAUUGGAUGUAACAACAAGGCCUUGAUGAAAGGCACAGGAUCACAGAUCGUGGGAUGUGAGGCGACGUGCAAGAAUGAGACUUACAAAGAUGAUAACGUCAGGGGCUGUCUGGGUGAUAAGUGCUGUCAGACCAAAAUACCAUCUGGUCUUCAAGUGUUUGAUGCAACUGUGGAGAAACUAGAACCCAGUAAAGAUGGUUGUCAGGUUGCCUACUUGACACAAUUCCAGUUGGCUGCGUUCAUGUUCACACCUCCUGAACUACAAGAGUACAGAAAUUACGUUAUGAUGGAGCUGGAAUGGUUCCUUGAUGUUCUCCCCAUCCCUUCAGAGGGUUCAGCGCUAUGUGAGGCAAGUAUAAAUGGUGAACAAAUUCCAAGAAGUUUAGGAAACCUAUCUGCCAUAGAUGGAUAUCAGUGUUGGUGUAAACAUGGUUAUGAAGGAAAUCCUUAUAUACCUGGUGGAUGUCAAGACAUUGAUGAAUGCAGAUAUUCAUAUCACAAUAAAUGUGGAAAGAACAAGUGUGUGAAUGUGUCUGGAUCAUUCAAAUGUGAGAAAACUUGGCCAGCCAUUUUAAGUGGAACACUAAGUACUGGAUUGUUGCUUUUAGUCGUUGGAACGUGGUGGCUAUGCAAGGUUAAUAAAAAGCGGAAAGCAGCCAAGCAGAAAAGAAAAUUCUUCAAACGAAACGGAGGUUUGUUGUUACAACAACAGACAUCGUUCCUUCAAGGCAGUGUCAAUAGAACCAAAGUGUUCAGCUCCGAUGACCUUAACAAGGCAACUGACAAAUUCAACCCUAGUAGAAUACUGGGACAAGGAGGCCAAGGUACAGUUUAUAAGGGAAUGUUGGAAGAUGGGAUGAUCGUCGCUGUCAAAAAGUCCAAAGCAUUGGAAGAAAAGAAUCUUGAGGAAUUCAUCAAUGAGAUAAUCCUUCUGUCACAGAUUAACCACCGAAAUGUUGUCAAGAUUUUAGGAUGUUGUCUUGAGACAGAGGUACCUGUGUUAGUGUAUGAGUUCAUUCCAAACAGAAACCUUUUCGAUCAUCUUCAAAACCCAUCAGAGGAUUUCCCAAUGACUUGGGAAGUCCGUCUCUGCAUCGCCUGCGAAGUCGCAGAUGCCCUCUCCUACCUGCAUUCAGCCGCCUCUAUACCAAUUUACCACAGGGAUGUCAAGUCAACAAAUAUCUUAUUGGAUGAAAGGCACCGAGCAAAAGUGUCAGAUUUUGGAAUUUCGAGAUCAAUUGCUAUAGAUGACACUCACUUGACAACAAUAGUGCAGGGAACAAUUGGAUAUGUAGACCCAGAGUACCUUCAGUCAAGCCACUUCACAGGGAAGAGCGAUGUCUACAGCUAUGGGGUUUUGCUCAUUGAGCUCUUAACCGGAGAGAAACCUGUCUCCCUUCUGAGGCGCCAAGAAGUCAGGAUGUUGGGUGCCUACUUCCUCGAAGCCAUGAGAAAUGAUAGGCUUCACGAGAUUCUUGAUGCUCGCAUCAAGGAGGAAUGCAAUCAAGAGGAGGUCCUUUCAGUAGCCAACCUGGCAAGAAGGUGUUUGAGCUUGAACUCAGAACAUCGCCCUACCAUGAGAGAUGUUUUUAUUGAACUGGAUAGGAUGCAAUCCAAGAAAAAAGGCAUUCAAAGCCGAACUCAGAAUGAUGAAGAGCAUGGGCACAUUCGGAUUGCAAUGCCCGAAUCUAUGUCACUCCUUUACUCUUCUCCGGACAUAGUCAUUGAAAACAGCUCAUUCUCACUGGAAUCAGAACCACUCAUGCUUCACAAGACACAGUGACAGGAAAACCAAUACUCUUCACCUUUCAAGAUAGUAUUUCAACAAAGAAUGAUAUGUGCGAAUCGCCGUCCAAAAUAUAUAUAUAUAUAUAUAUAUGUGUGUGUGAAUGUAUUCCAUUACUUCAUCUAAUAAUACCUCUUUCUGCAAUUUAUAAGACUUUAUGUAGCAAAUCAACGAAUCUAAAAAAGAAGCAAACUAUUUGUAUUA